GAGUGAGGCGCUCUGGCCGCUUUUCUCUAUGGGCUCCGUGGUGUCAUGUGACCGCGGCGGUGUGGCAUCAUGGCGGCGGGCAGCGAGCACAGUUGUGUAGCCCGGGUUCCCCAGCAGACACGUACUCCAGGAGCCCUCUGCCGUUCUGUAUGCUGAUGGUUUGUGCCACUGAGGCACAGCUGUAGCCCAAACUGAAGAUGCCACUUUUCUCCCGUAAGAAGAAACCCAGCGAUGAUGCUCGGAAGCGCCUUGAAUACCAAAUGUGCCUGGCAAAAGAAGCGGGUGCUGAUGACACUCUGGACAUAUCCAAAUGUGAACUUUCAGAGGUUCCUUAUGGGGCCUUUGCAACUUGUAAAGUCUUGCAAAAAAAGGUGCUGAUUAUUCAUACGAAUAACCUGACAUCUUUAGUUCCCAAGUCCUGCAGCCUCUUGAGUCUUAUAACUGUGAAGGUUCUGGACCUGCAUGACAACCAGCUGGCAUCGCUUCCUGCUGAUAUUGGUCAACUGACGUCUCUUCAGGUCCUAAACCUUGAAAGGAAUCUUUUAAAAUGUCUUCCACAAUCUAUAGGAGACCUUGCCCAGCUCCAGAUGCUCAAUGUGAAAGGUAACAAGCUGAAGGACCUGCCUGUGACUGUGAGCGGCCUGCGGAGCCUGCGCACCCUGGACAUCAGUGGGAACGUGGUUGUGGAGCUGCCGCGGGGGCUGGCGCACGUCCGCACGCUGGAGGCGCUGACCCUGGAUGCCUCUUCCAUGAUCUACCCAUCACCUGACAUUUGCAGUGCAGGUACAGAGUCCAUUCAGCAGUUCCUCUGCAAAGAGUGUGGAAUUGCAUACUAUCCCCCCUCUCAGUACCCCCUCCCUGCCCUGGAAAGUGAUGGAGGAGGAACAUCCGUGGAUGGGGUGGACAGGGCAGUGCAUAAGUACCUGGAGGAGGAAGGCGAGUGGCAGAACAAGUUCCUGGAUUACGAGAAGAGGAAGGAACAGAAAAUGCAGGAGAAGCUGGAAUUUGAGCGGCGCCUGAACAUGGGGCAGAGAGAACAUGCUCUGCUGGUCCAGCAGCUCAACAGUCAGAAGGACGAGAUACUGCAGACAGUGAGAGAGGACCAGAUGAGGCUGGAGGAGGGUCUGACCAAGCACCAGCGCUACCUGGAGGAGGAGCGCCUGAAGCUGCUGCAGCAGUUGAAGCAGGCAGAGCAGGGCAUUGCCAGCCGUAUCCAGAAGCUGCUGGAGGACAACCAGAGGCAAAAACAAAGUUCAGACAUUCUGAAAUCCUUGGAGAAUGAGAGAAUAAGGAUGGAACAACUGAUGGCAAUAACACAGGAGGAGACAGAGCAACUACGCAGAAAGGAAGUGGCUGCUGCCAUGCAACAAAUGCUGGCUGAGAGCUACAAGAACAAACUCAUUCAAAUGACCUAUGAGUCUCGUCGGCAAGACCUUGUCAACCAGGCCUGCUCCAGCUCAUUUUUCAGUGCUGGGCAGCCCUGUCCUAUUGCACAGCCUGGGGGGUCAGUGCUGCUGAAAGUGAGAGGUGGGCUUCAGACAGAGCAUUCCAGCUGUGUGAUGGAGAACGUGAAUAUUGAGAUGCAAAAAGCUGCCUUUGAAGCUCUCCAAGUGAAGAAGGAUCUAAUGCACAGGCAGAUUCGGAACCAGAUUAAAUUAAUAGAAACAGAGUUAUUGCAGCUGACACAGCUGGAGUUAAAGAGGCAAGAACUGGACACAGAGACGCUGCAGGGGGUGAUCACAGAGCAACGCCAAGCACUUGGCUACCUGCUGCAGCAGCUGCUCAAAGAGAAGAAGCAAAGGGAAGAAGAACUGCAGCAGAUUCUGCUGGAAAUGGAGGCAAAGAGCGAAACCAAACAGGAGAACUACUGGCUGAUCCAGUACCAGCGCCUGCUGAACCAGAAGCCCCUCUCGCUGAAACUCCAGGAGGAGGGCUUGGAGCGGCAGCUGGUGACCCUGUUGACGGAGCUGUCUGCUGAGCAGUACGUGCCAAUCUUUGCCCACCACCGCGUAUCCUUGCGAGCCCUCAGCACCAUGACUGCCAGUGACCUGGAAAAGAUCGGCGUGGCGGAGGCCGGCCUGCAGCGCGCCAUCCUCCAGCGGGCUCAGGAGAUCCUGGCUGUGGCCAAGACCAUCCCAGAGCUGCUGAGGACGGAGGACACCGAGGUUCUUGCAGGCCCAGAACCCAAUGGUCCCUGCGAGGAGCCUCCAAGCCCUGCAGUCCCGACGGCUCCACCACUGCAGUGGGACGAGAAGAAGUCGGAGUGUGUUGUCUGCAUGGAGCAGGAGACUCAGAUGAUUUUCCUGCCCUGUGGCCACGUCUGCUGCUGCCAGAGCUGCUGUGAGCGGCUGCUCACUUGUCCCCUGUGCCGCAGGGACAUCACCCAGUGCAUCCGCAUCUUCCACAGCGGCUAGGGGCAGGGCGGAGGAGGACGAGGCUGCCCAGCACCUCCACUGCCACCUCUGCUCGGGGUGAUGCAACUCUGCUGCUCCAUGUCAGUAUGAGCAUGACCAUGACCAGCACUGCCCUCUCCAUGCAUGGCCGGGGCUGGCUGCGGCUGCACGCAGGAGCCUCGGCAUCCCCCGCGUUCCCUGAUGGUUGCUCAGCCUCCUCCUUGGGUUCCUUCUUCACCUGCGUCCCCUCCUCCUGCCUGCCCCUGCCCGCCCAGCGUCCUCUCGCCUGGGACCGCUGGGGGAUGGAACUGGGUGCCCCUGUGGCCCCUCCUCGCUGGUGGAUGUAUUUGCCUUCAGAGAUGCCCCUCGCUCAGCAGGGUCACAGUUAGUGCCAGCUCUGAAGCCACCAUCACCCUGCAGCUCCCCGCUGUGGCCGGGCACUGCAUCGAGCAUGGUGCCUGGAGGGGGUGAAUCUCCUGUGAGAGAUGCUGACAGUGCCUGUGGCAUGGCAGAGCUCUGGGGCUUUGCUCUGGUGACCCACAGGAGGGCGUCAGGGGCUGCAAGUGUCAGGGCAGCGUAAGGAGCUCCCUGUCCCCUAAUUCAAGCUCCAGGACCCGAGGGCCCUGCUCUGCCCAGAGGAGCCCAGUGGGAUCCCACAUCCAAAAAACGUGCUGGGAGCAGGAGCGUGAGUCCAGAGCGAGGGGUGAGGGGCUGGGGCUGUGCUCGGCACAGCGCCGGGUGCCUCCCUGCACUGGUGGUACGUAGGUCUCCAUCAGCAUUAAUAACAAUCCCAAAGCAUCUUCCAUCUCUUGACCCUGAAGUAUGAGAUGCAGCGAUAUCCGGGUCCCACCGCAGCCCUUCCCCAGGAGAAGCUAUUAAAGAGCAGCUGGUUUCUGCUGGUG